AAGGAUAUUUAUUUAUUGCAGAGCAAUAAGCCGAUAAUGGAGAAGAGGAGAAGGGCGCGAAUCAACAAUUGUCUCAACGAACUGAAAGCGCUAAUACUGGAUGUUAUGAAAAAAGACCCAGCAAGUCACUCGAAGCUAGAAAAGGCCGACAUCCUCGAGAUGACCGUCAAACAUUUAGGCGGUUUACGCUCCGGUGCACCGGACACAUUUCGCGCCGGCUACCGGCGUUGCCUGUCCGAGGUGGCCCGGUUUCCAGGGCUAGAUAUCGAAUUAAGAAGGAAGCUGGUGACACAUUUAGAGGGAUUGGAAGCCAGGCCGCCUGUUAUAUCCACUCCGCCUUCUGAUGUCGAAGAUGCCGUUCUGCCGUCUACUGUUUUGAUUACUGCUGGCCCCGGCUCAGUUCACCUAGUCCCUACACGUCUACCCAACGGCGACAUCGCAUUGCUUCUCCCAGCCAACGUGAACGCAAACACAUUAGGGUCUUUAAGAGCUGCUGUAGGGGCACCGACCUUAAUACCUUUCUCCCGAGACCCUUGUUUCUCGCCUGCCAGUUCAGUGGGCUCCCCACGUCCCGCGGACGUUGCCCCUCUAGCUUUGACUGCGAGAAAAGCACCAGAGGACAAACCGUGGAGGCCUUGGUGACGGC